GUUCAGUGUUAACCGACGGAGGAGUAUCAUUUCAUCGUCGUUUUGUCGGAUUUUUACGUCAGGUGUAUUGUUUCCUCUUUUCGCUGACAGAACACAAUUGAAAUGUACAAUAGAUAAACAUGCAAUUAGGAAGGUAAUUAAAUAGACUAUAAUGUUAUCAAGAACAUCGAAACGGUUUGUCAUUAACUGAAAACUGAUCGGUUUAUUUUGCGCACGACAUGUGGCCAACGUUUCAAAGCGGUUCGAGACUUCUCGCUAAAAAUACAUUUGCCAAACGAUCAAAGUGCUGCAGAUUAGUGAAAGAAAAAAUCAGUGAUGUUUUAUAAUAUAGAUCAUCCUCAUGCCAGUGGCAAUAUGCUUCCGUCACCCGGUCUUUCGAACGUAAUCGUAAUACAAUGAAAAUUCAUGAAAAUCGAUUCCAGGGAGCGAUCUCUUGGUUAUUCAUAUGUUCUAAAAUUCUCAUGAUUGUCUGUCAAUUUAUUAUCUACAUCGCAAAGGAAAAUAAACACGAUUCGACGAAACGUCAUUUAGCAGCGAUGGAAUCUGUUGCAGUUGUUAAAUGGAUUUGCUCUUUAUUAAUAUAUUGAAGACGUAAAUUUAUAUUGAAAUAUGGACAAAACAGUUGUUAAAAAUCAUGAAGCAACAACAUCUGGUACAUCAUACACUUUAUGGUUUGGUAUACAAGUGUAUCGCAAUAGAAUAGUUAUCGAUCGUAAAAAAUCACUAAUUUCGAAUUUUAAUGAAGAUUUACCAUCAUCAUAUCACGAAAACGUCACAGUGUCAUAGCUACCGUGGUAUUAUUUCUUAUAUUGUAAAAAAAACGCGCGAACACUUAAAAUGUGCGGUAAACUAUUUUCUAUACAAAUUACAUAAAGAAAGAGAACCAUUACAACUCAUGAAAGGAGUAUGAACACCGUUUAUCAGGUUCAAGUAUAAUGAAGUCAUCUAUGAAAAUGGGAGUAAUAGCCUUAAUAGGUCUUUUCGUGGUGUUUUACCAAUACCAUUUAUCAACCAGCGUACGAUUCGAUCAGAUCGCCGAUUUCAACACGGGUGGUUCCGUGGAAGACAGCCCUGUUCUAUCCCAGGAAGACGUAGAGCGCUACGUAAGGACGUCUAAAUUCAAGGAAGAAAUGAUCAAAAGCGCUGUGUAUAAAGUUCAAGAGAUGAACGGGCUGAGCCCAGACAUAACCUCGAUGUUAGUGCAGCAGUUAACGAAUCAUUUGCACAAGGAUAUUCUCGAAUUAUCCGAGAAUAAUUCGAAGAAUGAUCGAAACGUAUCGUUGAACGAAGAGAGACAAGAAUCGUCGAUGAAUUCGAAUAAAAUGCCGGAACCGUUGUAUAUAAUCACGCCGACGUAUCAUCGGCCAGAACAAAUACCGGAACUCACCAGGAUGUCGCAUACUUUGAUGUUGGUAAAGAAUGUUCAUUGGCUCGUUAUCGAGGACGCGACCGUUGCCACUAAACAAGUCACGAGGCUAUUGGAACGAACAGGAUUGAAGUUCGAGCAUCUGACUGCUCCAAUGCCUGAAAAGUACAAGCAGAAAAAGGGUGCCAAACCACGAGGCGUGUCUAAUCGGAAUCGUGGCUUACAAUGGAUCAGGGCAAAUGCAACUAAUGGCGUCUUCUAUUUCGCCGAUGAUGACAAUACCUAUGAUAUAGCACUCUUCGACGAAAUACGUAAAACAAAACGAGUCUCCAUGUUUCCUGUCGGUUUAUGCACCAAAUUUGGUUUAAGUUCGCCCAUUAUUAAGAACGAAAAAUUCGUCGGAUUUUACGAUGGAUGGAUUGCCGGUCGGAAAUUCCCAGUCGAUAUGGCAGGCUUUGCUGUAAACGUGAAGUUCCUGCUUCAAAGGCCAAAUGCCUCGAUGCCAUUCAAAGCUGGAUAUGAGGAAGAUGGAUUUUUGAAAAGUUUGGCACCGUUUGAACCGAAAGAAAUUGAAUUCUUGGCCGAUAAUUGCACCAAGGUACUCGCUUGGCAUACGCAGACAAAAAAAAACGAACCAAGUGCACCUCUUGAUAUGAAACUGUACGGUGAAACGAACCUAGUUAAAUUAAAACAACAAAUAGUAUGAUGUUAAGUCGAUAGCGACUGCAUUUUCGAGUUCGAUCUAAUUUUAACGAUUAAUAAGUACGAAACAAAGUGAUUCAGUGCCUGAAGUAUUGUGAAGUACGAUUGGCGUAGUAAUGAUCUUCUUUUUUUUCUAAUUUUUUUAUUGUUAAUCUUAGAAAAAAUAAGAGAAGCUAUAAUUUGUUUAGUUAGUUGUUAAGAUCUCCAUAGGAAAUGUUGUAGAUAAAUGAUCUUUAUAAUGUU